GUAGGUAGGUAGAUAGGUUAGCGGUGGGUAGGUAGGUAGGUAGGUAGGUAGGGUACGUGGGGUACACCGUGGAACACAUCGAGGCGAGACACGACGCGGCCAGCGAGUGGCACGUCGCGAUCAUGACGCGAUGCAUCCGCGACGGGAGUACCGGCCUGCCACCACCACCACCACCACCACCACCAUCACCACCACCACCACCACCUUCUCCUCCUCGUCGUCGACGAACAGCGCGUCCCCGUGGUCGCCCGACUGUCUGCGUCGCCGUCUGCGACCCGUCCACCUCACGGGCAUGAUCGCCACCCUCACCGGCACCGCGACGGCCCUCCGAGUCUUCGUCGUCCUGCUCGCGCUCAGCCACGCGGUCGUCGCCGGGGAUCUGAAUGAGAACAACACGUUCGUCAUUGGAGUCAAAGGCGACACAGAUUGCCGGCGUCCGGUGGAUCGACUGUCCGCCGUGGAGCAUUUACCAAAGAAUAGAGCGACCAAGCCGUCGCAUUUCACGGGCUGGAGCGAGUGGUCGGUGUGCGACCGGCAUUGUACGCAGAAUCGCGUCAAGAGGUGUCGAUCGAAGAAAGAUUGCGGUACCACCGUGCUUCGGGAGGAGCGCGGCUGCGAGCACAACAGGAAGGGACGACGAAGACGGUGCAAGCAACGCGAACGUCGGGGACAUCGACGAAGGGAAGAGAGAUUUCACGUUGUUCAACAGGUACCACAGGAAGCGGAGCCCAGGCAAGGUAGACGCAGAGGAAAAGAUACCACCAAGGAGCACUCCGGGGGGUAUUAUGGGAAAUGGAGCAAGUGGUCACCCUGCACAAGACUGUGUACCACGCAACGUCACAGAUGGUGCCGAAAGCCCGGUAUCUGCGGUCGCGACGUCAUACGAGAGAGCGCUUACUGCUACGUCGAGGGCAGUUUCUGUCAGAAAUGGAUCCAUCGGAAGAUUCGCGGGAGCCACGAAGAGGACGGUGACGACUCGGUACUGGACGAGUUCGAGCUCAACCCUAAUACCGUAGACAGUUUUGCAUCGGAGAAGAACCCGAACACUUGGAGAUGCGGGCUAACAAGCUCGCAUAAAGCCUCCCGAUUGUCGUAUUUCACCCGAAUCAUCGGCGGUCGGCCGACCACGCCUGGGAGCUGGCCGUGGCAAGUGGCUGUGUUAAAUCGAUUUCGGGAAGCCUUUUGCGGCGGAACAUUGGUCUCUCCCAAAUGGGUAUUGACCGCAGCGCAUUGCAUCAGGAAACGUCUGUACGUGCGCAUCGGGGAGCAUGAUUUAACGGUGGAGGAAGGCACGGAAUUAGAGCUUAGGGUGGACUCUGUGACCAUUCAUCCAGAGUACGAUGCCGAUACCGUUGACAACGAUAUAGCUCUACUUCGUUUACCAGUUACCCUGACCCCGUCUGCGUCGAGGGGAAUCGCGUGUCUGCCUGCGCCGAAGCAACCUUUGCCCACGAGUCAUUUGUGCACCAUUAUCGGCUGGGGCAAGUCCAGCGUGAUGGACGAUUUCGGAACGGAUGUGCUUCACGAAGUCAGAGUUCCGAUAGUGUCUCCCGAAACCUGUCGAGAGGUUUAUGUGGACUACAGAAUCACGGAUAACAUGUUCUGCGCGGGUUAUCGUCGCGGCAAGAUGGACUCAUGCGCAGGCGACAGCGGAGGACCCCUCCUCUGCAGAGAUCCCCGGAAAGCCGAUCAUCCGUGGACGAUUUUUGGUAUCACCAGUUUCGGCGAGGGUUGCGGCAAGCGCGGGAAAUUUGGCAUUUAUGCCAGGUUGCCCAAUUACGUGCGUUGGAUAACGCGAGUGAUGAAGCAAGCGGACGAUUAGGACUUGGGGAACAAGUCACGACAAAUUUCAGUUCUUUCUUCGGUUAAUUUCGGUGGAUUACAUCGAACUUGAAGUACCGAUCGAGAAUCUUUUCUGUACUUUUACAUACAAGUGUACCCGAGUCAACAUUUUUCGACCUACAUCAAACCUGCAAAUUUUGUCCAACUUGAAGGAUGGAGAAUCUCGCGAUAAUACUAUGCAUAUUAUUGAGGCUCCAUGUUGAAGCGCAUAUUUCAGAAUUAUUUAAUAUUCAAUUAUCUCAAUAAUCUACACACACACACACACACACACACUUGCAUUUAACCUGUAUUCCUAAUUUUAAUACGAAUAUUGUAUUAAUAUCAUAAAUUAUUCAGCUGUAAAUAUAGAGAGCACGUGAGAUAACUAAAUAUUAAGUAAUCUAGUAAAGAUUAAGAUGUAUAAAAAUGGAGGUAAAAGAAGGCAACUCUUUGUUUAUUCUUAUAUUCUCUUUUUUCUUCCGACGUUAAAUCUGGAGAAAAUUUAAAACUAAUAACGCCGAUAACGAAGCGAUAACGAAAAAGAGCUGAUAACGAAGAAGCUAAAAAUAAGUUGCAUCACUAAUAAUGGCUUACCGAUAGAGAAAUCUGAAUUGGCAUUCCGUAUAAUAAGAUUGAGGAGAAAUUGAAAAGGAAACAGUACAGGCAGAAAUAUAAAUAAGACUGCAUUCGCGGCCGAACAUGCUUUUACGUGACACGAAUUUUUCCAAAUGUCACGAUAGAGCAACCAAAAAAACUUAGGAUGCUAGAUUCGGAAGCUAAAGAAGGAAGAUAUGGCAUGUCGAGUCGAAGGCAACGAUAUAUCAUAUUUCUAAAUGUAUAAAGUUAGUUGCUACUACGGAUGUUUAUGUUUUUAACGACGAAAUUUGCAGGAUUAACGAGAUAAUACAACCGAAAUUUUAACUUGAUACUUGACCAAGUAAAAUGUAUCGUAUCGUAAAAUCACGCGUAUAAGUCGAGGAUAAGAGAUAGAGCAUAUAAUAAAGAGCGAUAAUAUAAUUUUCGAGUCGUCAAUUUCAAUUUCAAUUUGUUGUACGAAAAUAAGCUAAAAAAAAAAAUAUGCGAGGAUGAUUGAGCUAGAAAUGUGUGAGAUUGUACCGUUUUGUAUGAGAAAUCAAAGAAUGAAGUGUAAUUUUUACAAGAAACUGACGAAGUUU